UUACAUCUAGGUCACAGCUCAAAGUUACAUUAGCUUGUCUUUUACAAGGAGAACCUGUGUUACAUGUUGUAGACCUGCUAGUGUGAAAAUCUCAGGGACGAUUUAAUGUAACAAACACUUGUGGCCUCUGCUGCUCCAGCUCUGGGAAAGUGUUUUCUGCAACGUUGGGUUGUUGUAUGUGCUUGCGUAAUUAAGAUAUUUCUAAACUUGUUUAAAAUGGCAUCGCACAUGUAUGUAAUAUCCAUGCUGGUGCUUGUGGUGCCAAAGCAACAAGUUACUGGAGACAUAGGUUCAUUCUGGCACGUGACGGACUUCCACUAUGACUCCACUGUAUUCACCAGUCAGGACUCGUGUACCUCUCCUGUAGCAGACAUUGAGCAGAAGCCGUAUGGUGACUAUCUCUGUGACUCCCCUUGGUCCCUCAUCAACAGCUCCGUACACGCCAUGAAGCAGAUUGAACCUAACGCAGACUUUAUACUCUGGACAGGGGACAGCGGACCUCACAUCGACGAGAGCAAGGACAGUGCCGAAAAUAUCAUCAGCACCAUUUCCAAUCUGACUGGUAUAUUAAUGGACAUCUUUCCGAAUACGAAAGUGUAUGCAGCUCACGGUAACCAUGACUACUUCCCUGCCAACCAACUUCCGCCGCAUGAGAAUGAAAUUUACCGCGCAGUAGCAAACAUGUGGCAACGGUGGUACCGCGAUUCCGAGGCCAACAGAACAUUACGAAAAGGGGGCUACUACACCGUUAGUAUAAGACAAGGGUUGGUGGCCGUUGUGUUGAACACAAACUUAUAUUAUGGCAGCAACAAAGUGACUGCUGACAUCAGUGAUCACGCAGGACAACUUCAGUGGUUUGAUAAGGUCUUAAAACAGGCUGCUCAAAAUGGCAAUAAGGUAAACUAA